AUGGUGAACAUUACAGAGAAGAUCAAGGAAAAGCUUGCCCGACUAAGAGCUCAGCUUUUGGAGCCAGUCGGUGGUGCUGGUUCUGGCGGUGGCGUGGGUUUCGAUGUCAGCAAGAGCGGCGAUGCACGAGUGGCCCUCGUUGGCUUUCCCUCCGUCGGAAAGUCCACAUUCCUGUCUAAGAUCACUAAGACCAAGAGUGAGGCAGCAGCUUACUCUUUCACCACGCUGACGGCUAUUCCCGGCGUGUUGGAGUAUGGUGGUGCUGAGAUCCAGAUCUUGGAUUUGCCCGGUAUCAUCGAAGGCGCCUCGGAGGGCAAAGGACGUGGUCGCCAGGUUAUCUCGGCCGCGAAGACAAGUGAUUUGAUCUUGAUGGUUCUGGACGCUACAAAGCGUGCCGAACAACGUGCCCUGCUCGAGGCUGAACUGGAUGCCGUUGGCAUUCGGUUGAACAAGGAGCCGCCUAAUAUUUACCUCAAAAUUAAGAAGGCUGGUGGUAUGAAGAUCUCAUUUGCCACACCACCAAAGAACCUGGACGAGAAGCUGGUCUACAAUGUGCUUCGUGAUUACAAGAUUCUCAACUGCGAAGUACUCGUGCGAGAUGAAAAUGCUACGAUCGACGACUUCAUCGAUGUGAUUAUGAAAGAUCACCGGAAGUACAUUCGCUGUCUUUACGUCUACAACAAGGUCGAUAGCAUUGGCCUCGAAUUCCUUGACGCUCUUGCCCGCGAGCCUUACACAGCUGUCAUGAGUUGUGAACUUGACCUUGGCGUGCAAGACGUCGUUGAACGUAUCUGGAAGGAAUUGAGAUUGAUGCGACUUUACACGAAACGAAAGGGAGAGGAGCCUAAGUUUGAUGAGGCGCUCAUCGUGCGCAAGGACUCUACCAUUGAGGAUGUUUGUGACCAGAUCCAUCGCACAAUCAAGGACACAUUUAAGUAUGCGAUGGUAUGGGGAGCGAGCGCAAGACACGUUCCACAACGUGUGGGACUGUCACAUCUGGUUGCGGACGAGGAUGUGGUGUCCAUUGUGGCCAAGUAG